ACGAUGCAUCUUCAGCGUGAAAUGUUUCACUUUGAAAUAUUUCAAAUCCUUGUUCAAAACACCACCGUGAAACCUCGUGCUCCUCAUCACCAUGGCAACGGAGCGAACAAACACUUGCUCCGCUAAAAAAAACAACCUGACGGCAGCUAAACUGUCAAGGAACAAAACAAGCGCAGCCCUCGCUACUGUCCUGUGGCUUCAAAUCGCUCUAAUCGUCAUGUCGCUCUUCAAGGUACGCAAUUGGUGGAAAACGCAAUGUCCUACCGUCGAACCGGCGUACGAUUCCUUCUCGUUGCACUGUGCCCGGCUGUGCAUUGAGGAGGGCGAAAAGGACAGCAUCGUGGUGGGAUCACAUUCCGGUCAGCUAUGCAUCUACCGUCCGACGGGGGGGAACUCGAACCUGCCCGAUCUGGAUGCGGAGGACGCAGCUGCAGAAGGGCAGCCGGCUCAAGGCUCACCAUCGAACGACCCGUUCGAGAAUGUGUUCCAGCAUGCGGACGUUAUCCUGGAGGUGCAGCUAGCGUUACCCGUGUUGGGCAUUAGUAGUGGCAAGUUUACUACGACGAAUAAAACCGAUCCCCGCCUUCAGCUGGCCGUGCUACAUCCUACCAAACUUUGCAUCUUUCAAAUCGUGACAAUCGACGGACUGGCGGACCAUGGAGAUCAUACGCGGCUUGUCACACUCUACGACCAUCCCCUAUCGAAACCAGCCUUCUCCAUGUGCCACGGUCCGUUCGGUGGGGUGAAAGGACGCGACUUCCUGUGCGUGCAGCAUCUGGACGGUUCGCUACGAUUCUUCGAGCAGGAUGGAAUCAGCUACGAACGGACGUUGGCCACCGAUCGACACAUUCCCUCGCCGUUGCACUACCUGCCCCGUGUGGAUUGUUUCGUAACGGUCGCACCGAGCUGGGUGUUGGAAUGCUACCGGUAUCAGGACGUUGCCGAAGCGCUGGAAUCUUUGCGGCGGCACGAUCCGAUCUGGUCCCUGUGCGUUGGAGAGUAUGCGCUUGAUCUGCAGGUGCAUCAAAUUUCCAACACGGAAUCUGUCAUAGUGAUGUUAGGCGAGAAUAAUCUGCUGUGCGUGUCGGACACCGGGAAGGUGCGGUUUAUCAAAAAGCUCGACUACUCACCGAUCUGUUUCCAUUCGUUCGUGACUGGCUGGUACUGGGAGCCCGGAGCAAGGCUUAUGCUUGCGGUUGUAUCGGAAAGUGGUUCCUUGCUCCUGUACGAAAGCGAUCAAAUCAUCUGGUCCGCUCAGCUCGGAAAUGUCCCAGUGGCAAUUGAUCGCGCGAAUGUAACCGGACUUCCUGGUGCGCUGGUUACGCUCGGUCCUACCGGUGCCCUCUCGAUCGGAUAUCUCGGCUCCGAGCCGGAACUGUUCCGUGUGCCAGCGCUCAACCUGGCACCCUUUGAAAUCGCUCGCUGUCAGAAGGAACUGCUGGAGCUGGAGCGAGAAAUACGUACCGGAGUAGAUCCGAGUGAUGCAAGCAUUGCAAACGCAGCCGCCGAAAGGGAUGUCAAGCUGUACGUUAACAUCGCCGAGGACACGGUCGCCUGUACCCAUCCGACAAACAUGCCCCCGGGAGUGGCAGUUGAAAUGUGCCAACUUAGUAUGACGGUACAGGUGGAACCGAAGCUCGAAGUGCUGCAGCUUACCGUCACCACCGAUCAGGCGAUCGGCUGCUCGAAGGAUGCGUUUCUGUUCCGUGACGUAGAGGCACGCAGUACGGAACGAUUUGACGUGUGGGUUUUCCCGGCAGAGCCAACGGUUCCAGCCACUCGCACCGUGACCGUGUACUGUUCCUACACCAACAAACAGGGCAUCACAAGGGUGGUACAGAAGGAGGUUCUACUCCCACUGAAGCUAUUCCUCAAACCUUGUCAACCUUCGAAGGAAGCUCAGCAUAAACUAACCCUGUCGGUUGUUACGGCACAGCAGACAAAUUUGGGACAACUGUUUGCAGAAUUUGCCUCCGAUGGCGUCAGUACCAGUGCCCUUGGUCUGCAGCCAGCCGGAGGUGGAGAUGGACGUAAAGUUACGAUAGUAGCGGCCAAAAGUACGAACCGUUUUCGUGUGCAGUCCGACGAGCUCGGUAUGAUUGGGAUUGUGUUGGAAUGUCUCAUUGGACGACUGCAGGGACGGGAGAUGAUUGACCCGCCGUCGGAUGGGGAUGCACCGGCGCGGAAAGAAUCCUCCAAAGUGUUGGUAACCAUCAACGGAGUUCCAUCGAUCGGUGGACUCUUACGAUCCUUGCAGAUGCAUUGCGAGUUACGAAAAGCAGUACUGAAACUAGAGACCGAGCUCGAGAGUACCACCGGGCAGAUGCGCUUGUUCGAGCGUCGGUUUGUCGUCAAGCUGCAGGAACGAUCUCUCCGUGCCCUCGACGGGAUAUUAAUGUUGCUCAAACGAAACCACAGCUCGGUGGCUAAGGUUUGCCAGCAACUGAAGGCCAUGCGUCAGAAGAUGAAGCUUGCUCAGAUUGACUUGGCAGCUAUUUUGCACCUUUUCCACCUUUGCUACACCCAUUCGGCAAACGCACCCGGCACGAAGCAUCUCGAACAUCUCACAGGACUCUUGACCAGCUCCGUGCUCGACAGUACGGAACAAAGCUACGAGGAAAUGCUACUUCCGGUCGUUCGAUUUCUCGCUCAAACGGGCCCACUGAAAAACACCGGCGAGCAGCCGGACACCUUCGAUGAGGCUUUCUUUUACACCGCCAAACAAACAAACGAACGUGCUGCCGAUGUGGAUGUUACCGUCCACAGUGAUUUGCUGCAGCAGCAGCUUCAGCGUCUUUUGGGGCGAGUUAACGAUCGUUUCGUCGCAGCGGGUAGGACGUCCGGAAGUGGUAGUGGACGCAAUAGUGUAGACUUUGAGGAUCAACCACUACCGGAAGCACACGAUGAAGAGGUGGAAGAAGCGGACGAAGCUAACCAGGUCGAAGGAUCGGAAUUCGUGGCACUUAGCUCAACCGCUAGCGAGUGGGUUAACUACGAAAAGAUGGCCGAUCUACCGUUGUAAGCAGGGGGAGGGAUGUGUCUUUCUUCACAAAAAAAGGGUUUGUAGCGCAUUUUAAUAUCUUUUUCUCACCUGGUUUGUAUUUAUUUUUACUUCACUCUCCUCCUUCCACAACUCUCCUGCAUCUCACCCACCCCUUACUAACCACGAUACUCGGUCCUAGUUCGUUACAAUAUAGGUUUUCCACCAUAUCUUUCCCUUUUUCUCCCACACACUCCCAUUCCCAGUAUGGGUAGAUAGAGAGUGGGGGUAUAAUGGUAUAUAUUUGUUUACCUUACUUGCCGCCAUUUUUUUGUUAUCCGAUUUAUUUACUAUUAAUACUUUACGACAGAUUACACCUAGAUAUGAACCUAUAUAUCCCUUGUGUGUGUGUGUGUGUCUUUCAUGCAAGUACGUAGCGAUGCGAUUAGAGUGUGUGUUUCUAUGGCGCGAUAAAUAAAGGAGCAGUAAUUCUAAACCGACACACAUCCUACUUAAACAUAGCCUGUUGUUGCUUUUUUUUUACAUUAAACACUUUAAAAAACUCAAUCCGAUACCUAUACACACAUCAAAUGUAUUAUAACGUGAGCAGAUAUGGAGCAAAACGGAAGAGACAGAGAGAGACAGAGAGACAGAGAAAGAAAACGUACGUGAGAUAAGUAAUACACAAAUGAACACGAAUCAAUCAUCCGAACCCGGGUGGGGAUUAUCAAGAAGCACUGCUUUCCACCUUUUAAGAGUCUUGCUUGCUUUGUAACGUUGUAAGAGCAUCAAAAAUAUGCCUUAGCUUCUUUAUUCGUUGUGACAGCGCAGUCGCUGAAAAGCUUCCUAACGUCUUCCUAACGGUUGUUAGUAUGCCAAUAUAAGCCAAUGUUUGUUUGUAUUGCCUCACUUGCUGAUGGUGGUUCAAAUUGGUGGAGGAGUAUGUAAUGUUUUCUACUUAAUUACGACAAGAUUCAUGUUUACUUUUGCUGCUGCUGUUUUUUUCUCUCUUGAAACUUUAUCUAUUUACAGUCCUUAUCUAAAUGGUUUAAAAAACUGUGUGUGCGUCUGUGUGUGAAAUAAAGCUUUUUUUGGAGGGGGACUCAAUUGAAGUUAAAACGAGUUGGUAAUUGAAAGUGGCGAGAACGAAAAUUGUCCUGAUUUUUAGUAGUUUGAAUCUUGAUCUCCAGUCCAAGGAAAUAUUCUUCACGAGAACUCAUUUAACGUUUGAAGCGCGCACGGGUAAGGACUAGGAUUUGGUUGUAAAGAGUUACACACAUCUCUGUACAGAAGAGCGCACCCUGUAGCUGGAGAGUUUGGAUUCAAGAAUUCGUCCAGCUAUCUACUAUGAGCCUCGAGCUCACUUUUCCCCUCAUUUCCGAGCGUUGGCGGAUGAUGCAAUUGGAUGAAGCACACACAACCAAUCCUGCGCCAAUUCAUGGACGAGUAAGUAGCACAUGUGGGGGAAAACGAAACAAUCUCCUCGUGGGAAUGAUUAAUGAUUGCAGCGAAAUGCAACUGAAGCGGGAAC